ACGCAAUUUCUACGCCAUUUUGUAAGUGUCUAAUAAAGUCAGUAUUUCUAGACACAGUGUAAAUUAGAAAAUUCGCAUGGUUUUGUGUAAAUUAAGUAGUUAAAUUUAUCUUAAUUCUAAGUUAACGUUUAUAACGUUAAUUUCACAAUCUCAAAAUAUGGAAGACAAAGCGUCGCUAAAGGAACUGGAUCAAUGGAUAGAACAGCUAAAUGAUUGCAAGCAAUUGACAGAAAACCAAGUGAAAACGUUAUGCGAUAAGGCAAAGGAGAUUCUAACAAAAGAGUCAAAUGUGCAAGAAGUGAAAUGCCCCGUGACAGUAUGCGGGGACGUUCACGGCCAGUUCCACGACCUGAUGGAGCUGUUCCGCAUCGGAGGCCGGUCGCCCGACACCAACUACCUGUUCAUGGGGGACUACGUGGACCGCGGCUACUACAGCGUGGAGACCGUCACACUGCUCGUCGCGCUGAAGGUUAGGUAUCGUGAGAGAAUAACAAUACUCCGCGGCAACCACGAGUCGCGUCAGAUCACUCAGGUGUACGGGUUCUACGACGAGUGCCUCCGCAAGUACGGCAACGCGUCCGUGUGGAAACACUUCACCGACCUGUUCGACUACCUGCCGCUCACCGCGCUCGUCGACGGACAGAUCUUCUGUCUGCACGGCGGGCUCAGCCCCUCCAUCGACACCUUGGACCACAUCCGAGCGCUGGACCGCGUGCAGGAGGUGCCCCACGAGGGACCCAUGUGCGAUCUGUUGUGGAGCGACCCCGACGAUAGAGGUGGAUGGGGUAUAUCCCCUCGCGGCGCGGGCUACACGUUCGGGCAGGACAUCUCGGAGACGUUCAACCACAGCAACGGCCUGACGCUGGUGUCGCGCGCGCACCAGCUGGUGAUGGAGGGCUACAACUGGUGCCACGACCGGAACGUCGUCACUAUCUUCUCAGCGCCCAACUACUGCUACAGAUGUGGUAAUCAAGCGGCUAUUAUGGAAUUGGAUGAUGCACUAAAGUAUUCAUUCCUACAGUUCGACCCGGCGCCACGACGCGGUGAACCUCACGUCACACGGCGGACACCUGAUUACUUCAUGUAGGCACCGACGAGCGGAAACGCAUUACGUGCAGCGGCGGCGACCCAGGCUACGCUAGACCCCGCCCCCCACAUGUAUAACCUGCUCUAUUGGUUCCUGGUCAGACACACACACACACACACCACAACAUUACACAGAACACAUCGUGCUUUAGGGCCACUACCAACGUAUCUACGCAAAUCGGCUAGAAACAUUAUUGUAUAUUUACGGAUCGGCUAGGAACAUUAAUGUACCUAUAGGAGUUUCUAGGGAUAUUAAUGUAUCUAUGAGGAUCGGCUACGUACAUUAAUAUUCCUAUAUGGAUUCAGCUAGGAACGUUAAUGUACCUAUACGAAUUGCUAGGGAUAAUAAUGUAUCUAUAACUGGAUUGGCUAGGAACAUCAAUAUGCCUAUACGGUUUGGCUAGGAACAUUAAUGUAUCUAUAUUGAUUGGCAAUGAACAUUAAUAUACUUACUUAUAUGAAUAUGAAUUGCUUGUCUAGGGUUGUUAAUAUAUCUAUGCAAAAAAAAAAUCAAAACAAAUGUAUAUAUUAUGCAGAACUACUAGGGACACCAUAAGAAGUGGCUUGUAACAAUAAUGUCGCUAUCUGAGACAGUGCGGAACACAUUGCUAUGAGAAUUAGCUGUGAUUGGACUCUGGCACCGUGGUUGUGGAUUUAGCAUUACUGAUGAUUGAUACUCUAUCCACAAAGAAGGUCGUUUAUGUUUUUUCCUCCUUAUAAAGUUAUAACAGCUUCAUGUGGAGCUGUUUUAGUAGUUUAGCUGAUAGAUUUCUUCUAAACCACCUGGACAGACUUAAGACAAAAUCAAAGUGACAAAAAUCAUUUUGAUGAAACUUUACCAAAUAAGAUUUUAAUCGAACUGUCUGUGUUCAUCCGUUUUUUUGUUUUUAUCAACAGAAGCUGCUUAACUAAAAUAGCUCCAUGUGAAUUGUUACACUUUUUCACUGACAAUUUAGUGAAUUUAUGAAAGGCUAUUUGUAAUAAUGAUAAUGUCACAUAAUAUUGUCUCUCACUACACACGCCUCAGCUCGCUUUGUUCUCAAGUCAUUAAUAAUAUGUCGUCGUCCCUGACGUUUGAACGAUAGUUCGUACCGCCGCCUUAAUUUAGUCAGUGUAUUAAUUACGUAUAGACCACAAAAAGUGUAAAAUAAUUUGUUAAAUAAAACUGGUUUCUUUAUAAUUAUGAUUUAAAAAUAAUUUAUAAUUACUAUCAUUUUUUAUCUUAAACUCUGAGAUUAGUUGUAUUUAAAUUGACUAAGGAGAUCUUGUUAACCCUUUAAAUUUUAUAUGAAUAGACUAUGCUUUCUUUGAACUAUAUUUAGAGUAAAAUCAAAUAGUUCGGUUACUAAUUAAUUAUUGAGGUAAGUUAUUGUGUUGUAAAUUAGUUGAAGUGUCAUUUCCUUAACUGGCAGCAAUUGGACGUAGUUCCUGAAAAACGUUCCAAGCCACAAACAUCACAUUUUAAAGAAUUAGUGUUAAAGUUUUAUAAAUAUUAGUGUAUUCCGUUUAUAUGGUUUGGAAUAUUCAGACAUGGUGUCAUUUAAAGAGUGACAGUAGUGCUGUCAUUUUUUGUCAGUCAGUCAAUAUGAAUCACGUGACCAGUUUUGUGUUCUUAACUCAAUUUCGACAUGAUUGUGGUUUGGAACGUUUUUCUGGAAUUAUGUCAAAUUUAGUGUCAAAUAUUUUCUUGUAUGUGUAUUGUGAUUUUUUUAAUGUUUGCAUUAUAUGGACAUGUAUAAGGUUUUAUUAUAAAUGCGGCAUUUAUGUACGGGCCAAUGAGGCGGCGGUACAAUGCAUGCUGAUGAUGGUAUGUUCAUUGUAGACGACUUCGAAGCAUCUGUAAUACAAUAUAUAUUUGUUAACAAGUAGACAACAUUAAAUAACGUGCAUUUCGCCAAACUUGGUUUUAUUUCGCACCAUUUGGGCGACGAUUUAAUGGACAUACCACCAUAACAAUGAUCUGGUUCACAAAAUGGGGAGAUUUUGAACAUCAAAUGUAGCUUGUUUGUUUUAGUUCGCGGGGUCACUUUAUUAAAAUGAAUAGUGUAAAUGUCUUUUUUAUUUUAUUCCACUAUAACAAAGGCAUUUUCACUAGAAUUAAUUUUAUUGAAAAAUUUAAGAUGUGCAGUGUUGUCUUAAAAAAAGAUUGUCAUAUGUUAUACAUUAUUUUUUUUAUUUUUAACAUUAUUCGUAAAAACUAAUCAAUUUCAUGUCGAAAUUUGAUUUUUAUCGUCUAUUUCCGCAUUUAAAGUAGUGAGGAGACCAGUUUUUAUGGAAUAAAGUAAUUUAAAUGUGCGGAGCUUUCGUAUUUUUUUAUCUUCAUCAAUUUUAGAUUAAUGUGUAGAUACCGAACAAGACCACGCGGUUCGUUGUUAAAUCUGUAGCGUGUACGUUGAAUGAAUACUAAAUGUGUAAUGAACAAAAUAUGUACAGCUUUUUAUAUGAAAAUGAUGGGUUGAGGGGAGAGCGGGGCUAGUCGUCACCGAGCCGGCGAAACAAACGCUGUUUCAUUUACAGUAACUUGUUCUUGAUGCAUUUUUGUUUACUGACGGGAAUAAUUCCGCGGGAAUCGCUCCGAAGGGACCAUUCCAAGAGUCAGUGCCAUUUUCUAGACGAGCCGAGGGCUUCGGUUGACGUUUUUACAUUUCCAAAUUUGCACUUCUAUAUGAAAGAGCGUGUGUACAAAGAUAGUCACCCACCAAACACGUCGGAUGCCACACGUUCUUGGUAUAAGUAUUAAGUAUGUAAGUUAUAGGCAAAAUAAAUACUAAAAAGAACAAAAAAAUAUGCCGAGCUUCAUUUGUAUGAAAUAUUGUUUUUAACUUGUGACGCCGUUGCAAUAAGUUGGAUUGCUUCCGCUAGCGUUUCAUAUGCCUGAAGCUCGCUCUGUAAUAUAAGGCUUUUCUGGCAAAUAGCAAUGGCAGACCUAGCAAUGGAUAUAUCUUGUAUGAAUGUGUGCGAGAGAGGCGUGCGAGCGUGCGAGGCUGGAUAUGAUAGUUAUAUUAUAUGUAUACUUGUUAAUAAAAUUAGACAGUUGACCCUGUCAACCGAGUGUCGAGAGACCGGCAAACAUAUUCUUACAGCUCUGUACUUUGCCCGUGAAUAGGAAUUAGAUAAUAAAUACAAUUAAUUAUA